CAGGAAGCGAUCAGCUGAAGAAAGACAAACGUGACCGCGUCCUUCUGCUUUUCAAAGGGGCGCUAUUAUACCAUUAAGCACUCUUUGCUCAUAUAAUGACUUCACAUUUAGCGUUAAGCAUCCAGAUAGACUUUUGCGUUUUGGGAAAACCCUUUUCAGCAUCGCAUAUCAAAGUCAGUCAUCAAGGUCAAGCAGCAGCGGUGGAUGCCGUGAGGAGCUGAGCACAUGUGAUUGUUGCAGAGGUGAAACUAGUUCAAGUAAAGCGGAGAAAUGGCUGGACUUAUAAACUUUGAAGACGAGAAGGAAGUGAAGCAGUUUUUGGAUAAUUUAGGCGUGGAGUACAGCUUCCAGUGCUACAAGGAGAAAGAUCCUGAAGGGUGCCAAAGGCUCGCUGACUACUUGGAAGGGGUCAAGAAGAACUACGAUUCUGCAGCACAAGUGCUCAAACAUAACUGUGAGACGCAUGGGCAUGGAGAGAGCUGCUAUAAACUCGGUGCUUACCACGUCACCGGCAAAGGUGGAGUCACCCAGUGUCUGAAAGCAGCCUACUCUUGUUUUCUGCGCUCCUGCAAUUCUGGUGGAAAGAAGUCUGUAGACGCUUGCCAUAAUGUUGGUCUUUUAGCCCAUGACGGACGAGCUAUGGAAGGAGGACCUGACCUGAAAGCAGCUCGGCAGUACUAUGAGAAGGCGUGCGCAGGUGGAUUCGCUCCUUCCUGCUUUAACCUCAGCGCUUUGUUCAUUCAGGGCAGUUCCAAAGGGCUGGCACCAGAUAUGGCUCUCGCUCUAAAAUACGCUAACAGGGCUUGUGAACUGGGACACGUGUGGGGCUGCGCCAAUGCAAGUCGCAUGUACAGACUUGGGGAUGGUACAGAAAAGGAUGAAAAGAAAGCAGAGGAGCUGAAAAAUCGAGCAAGGGAGCUGCAUGGUUUAGAAAAGGAAAGGCAGCUUAAAUUUGGGGAGUAGCACACUUUGUUGAAUCAUCGUUGUUUUGGUUUAGAUUAUUUGUUAGAUAGUUUGUUUGAAUAAACCCACCUUGUUCACAGGGUUCAAAGAUUGAAGAUAAUGUAUAUUAUUUUUAAAAACAUGAUUAAGUGGACCCUUUUACAGCCUGUAAAUUAUGCAUCAGUACAUUCAAAACAUUUGCAUAAAAAAUAAAAAUGGUACAUUCAUCUAA